GUCACGGAUACAACAACCUCAGCAUCAAUCAACUUGUCGCCAUCCGUGAAAACCAUUCCCCCUCACCUCCCUUUUCUUCUUCUUACUCGCUUUUUGCGGGCCUGCCAUUUACCCACUUGCUCGACAGCAAGGCAAGCCAAAGAUAAUUUUUUUUUUAAAAAAAAAAAAAACAAAGUUCGGUUCUUAAACAAGCAGACCGUCGACAAGCGCUGCCACCAUGUCCGAACGCAAAGUCCUCACCAAGUACUACCCCCCGGACUUCGACCCGUCGCUGGUCGGGCGCGCGCGCAAACCAAAGACGCAGGGGCCCAAGGUGCAGACGGUGCGGCUGAUGGCGCCCUUCUCGCUGCGCUGCGUCUCGUGCGGCGAGUACAUGUACCGGGGGCGCAAGUUCAACGCGCGCAAGGAGACGCCGCCGGGGGAGAAGUACCUGGGCAUCCAGCUGUACCGCUUCUACAUCCGGUGCACGCGGUGCUCGGCCGAGAUCGUGUUCCGGACGGACCCCAAGAACCAGGACUACGUGGUCGAGCGGGGCGCCAAGCGCAACACGGACCCGUGGAAGCGCGGGCUGGACGGCGGGCAGGAGGAGGAGGAGACGGUCGAGCAGCGGCUGGACCGGCUGGAGCGCGAGAUGGCCGAGGCCGAGGGCGAGGAGGAGCGCAACGCGAUGGCGGAGCUCGAGGCCAAGACGGAGGACGCCAAGCGCGAGAUGGCGGUCGCCGACGCCCUGGACGAGAUCCGGAACCGGAACGCCAGGCUGGAGAGGGCCCAGAGGGAGGGCGGCGCCGACGUGCUGGAGGCGGUCGUCGCCGGCGUGCUGAGGCCCGAGGAGGAGGAGAGGAGGCGGCAGGAGGAGGAGGACGCGGAGGCGGCGAGGAGGGCGUUUGCGUUUGCGCGGCGGCAGGAGGUGCUCGAGGAGGUCGUCGAGGAGGAGGAGGACGAAGGGGGAAAUGCCGGGCCGGGUUCGGGAUCCGGCUCCGGCUCCGCCUCAGCGGGAGCGUCCACGUCCGGCUCGCAUCCGGCCUCGGCCAUCGCGACACCCGACGUCGCGCAGCCACCGCCCCCGCCGAGCUUUAAGCGGCAAGUCAAGAAGAAGAAGGACCACGCCGCGUUGCUGGGCAUCAAGAAAAAGCAGCCGCUUGUCUAAAACCAAUUCUACUUGGGCAGGGUUGCAUCGUGAAGGAUGGCUAGGAACAUUGCCCCGUUUUUCUCCUUACAAACAUUUACCGGUCUCUUGAUUCUUACCGCUUUAUUGAUUCUACUUGGGCAUGAGCAAGUGGUUUCUAGCCCUGGAUCGGGCAGUCAGGAACCAGCAUUGGCUCUUCGAAUCGUUCCAACACCGCGUCACAAUUUUUUGGCUCGCUUGAGUCGGAGAAAUCUUGAUGAAGGGGAAUCAUCACGUUUAUUCGCGCCGCAACCGAGACAAACAUUUG